AUGCCUCGCCAAACAGAACAAUCCUCGAACGAAGAUUCAACCGUUGCGUCAAAUGUUGAGGACACACUCGACCAGCUAUUCCGUUUUUCUCGAGCCGUUCGUCGCUCGGGCAUGCUUCACCGCCACGUGAAAAUCGCGAAUCAUACCGAAUAUGGGCCUGACGGGGUAAAUUUGACCUCAGAGUUUCAUACGGCGAUCAGCAGAAUCAUUGAUCACUACUUGAAAGGAUGUACCGCUAGCCAGGAGCUUCGGAGCGCUUGGUGGACACGAUAUGCCAAACCAAAGGAAUUCUUUUUACCUCAAAUCGCAGAAAAGGAAUCGGUCCGCGACAAUACAAGUCCCUGA